AUGAAUAUCUGGCUGCACACCUACACCCUAGACGUUCCCUUUUUUCUGAAAAAUGUGCGUCACACGGGAAUCGAACUUUUCGGGAGCGAGUACACCUUCUCCAUGGAUGGAAUCACCACCUGCAAGCCCAAAAAGUCCACCAUCGGGCAAUACUGCAAGAGCUACGAACUGACCUCUGUGGAAAUAACGUAUGCCCAGUUUAGCGAAAUUUUAAAUGCCCUCGGAAAGAUAUACAGACCCAAUACGUAUAACUUCGUGUGCAAAAAUUGCAACCACUUCUGCGAUGAUUUGUUUGAGUUGCUCAGUGGAAAAAGAUUGUUUCAUACAUUUAUGAUUUAUUCUCGAUUGGGAAAGUUGUUCGGAAAUUUUAAGAACCUGACCAUGUGUGGGUAUAUUGACUCUAUGGAGCUUUCCUGCAAUGAUAAGGAGAUGUACGUCUACGCGCUGAAGCUUUCGAAGUCGAUAAUACGGCGGAAUAGAAACGUGCCCGUCGGGGUGGCGAGCAAAUCGCAGAGCGGCUUACCGACUGGCUUACCUUCCGGCUUGACUGGGAAUUUGACAAGCCCCCUGCCCAGCAGCUUCUGCAACAACUUGCCCCCCUCCCUGACGAGCGGCUUGCCUCCCCUCCAUUUCAACAAACCAAGCGACGAUUAUUUCAACCGGUUUUGCAGCCCGUCCCCCGUAUACAUCAUGCGGUACGCCUCCUACCCGAAUGAUACCUGCAUGGGCCAAAACGCCUUCUACGGUCAGAGUAGCUUUAACGGCCAGAAUAGCUUUAGCGGCCCCAUGGACAGCCUUCCUGAUGAGGCGCAGAAGGGGUUUCUCCCAAAGGGCCAAUUCAGAACUAUUUAUUCGAUUAGCACGAAUGACAGCUUUUCAAUGGCAUGA